AUGGAGGAAAUACAACAAGAGCCGGGGAGACACAAAACGAAGGAAAUUCAAAAGGAACGAGGAGACAUCAAAACAAAGGAAAUACAACCGGACCGAGGAGAAACCAACAUAAAGGAAAUAGAACAGGACCGAGGAGACACCAAAUCGAAGGAAAUAGAACAGGACCGUGGAGACACCAACAUGGAAGAAAUACAACAGGACCGAGGAGACACCAACAUGAAGGAAAUACAACAGGACCGAGAUGACACCAUCACGAAGGAAAUACAACAGGACCGAGGAGACACCAACAUAAAGGAAAUACAACAGGACCGAGAAGACACCAACACGAAAGAAAUACAACAGGACCGAGGAGACAACAACAUGGAGGAAAUACAACAAGAGCCGAGGAGACAUAAAACGAUGAAAUUCAACAAUAGGAGCCGAGAAGACACCACAUCAAAGAAAAUUCAAAAAAGGAGCCGAGAAGACACUAAAUCAAAGGAAACUCAACAACAGGAGCCGAGACGACACACCAAAACAAAGGAAAUUCAAAAAAAGGAGCCGAGAAGACACCAAAUCAAAGGAAAUUCAACAACAGGAGCCGAGAAGACACCAAAUCAAAGGAAACUCAACAACAGGGCCGAGAAGACACCAAAUCAAAGGAAAUUCAACAACAGGAGCCGAGACGGGACACCAAAUCAAAGGAAAUUCAACAAUAGGAGCCGAGAAGACACCAAAUCAAAGGAAAGUCAACAACAGGAGCCGAGAAGACUCCAAAUCAAAGGAAACUCAACAACAGGGGCGAGAAGGCCCCAAAUCAAAGGAAAUUCAACAACAGAGCCGAGAAGACACCAAAUCAAAGGAAAUUCAACAACAGGAGCCGAGAAGACACUAAAUCAAAGGAAAUUAAACAACAGGAGCCUAGGAGACGCAAAAACCGAAGGAGGCACAACAACAUGGAAACCUGAAUCAAAUGACGACGAAACUAGGUGA